AUGAACGGGAAUGAGCGCUGUUUUGUCCGGCAUCGGUCCACCGUUUCUGAAUCGGUUGAUGUCGACAGUAAUUUCAUCAAGGACAGGCUGUGUUGUGACGACCUGCCUCGACAUGCGGCUGCUGACGAGAACGGCAGAGGGGUUUUGCGUAGCAACUUUUUCGGCUUCUUUUGGGCAGAACUGACCAGAGGCUACGCUCUGGAGAACGACGAAGCGCGCUUUUCUGAAAAACGCAGGAAGGUGUAUGCGUUCAUUAAGAUCCCAAAAGAAUUGGAGAAGUUUCUUUUUUAUGGCUUUUUGCAAUGCACCGAUGCGUUUCUGUACAUAUUCACAUUUCUGCCAUUGCGCUUCUUCAUGGCAUUGAUGCACCUGAUAUGGGCGGUGGUAUGCCGAAAGAGUACCAGCAGCCUGUCGCCGUCUGAGACUUGCGAUCUGGUGCGGGUUCUGAUCCUCACCGUCGUGUCAUUGUUAAUGUCAUUCAUUGAUGUGUCUGUCGUCUACCACCUGGUACGGGGUCAGGCGGUAAUUAAGCUAUACAUCUUCUUCAAUAUGCUCGAGGUGGCCGACAAGCUGUUUAGUAGCUUCGGUCAGGACAUUCUAGAUACGUUGUUUUGGACGGCUACCGAGACAGACGUGUCGCAAGAUAGAGGCAGCGGCCGCAUGCGGGACCACCGCUACUUCGGCACCGUGCCUCAUCUUCUGCUGGCGAUCGUCUACGUGUUUCUGCACUCGUUGCUGGUGUUGUUGCAGGCGACUACUUUAAAUGUUGCGUUCAAUUCGCACAACAAAGCACUGCUGACCAUCAUGAUCUCGAACAAUUUCGUCGAACUGAAAGGCAGUGUGUUCAAACGGUUCGCCAAGAAUAAUCUCUUUCAAAUGGCAUGUUCAGAUGUCCGUGAGCGCUUCCACUACUUCGUACUACUGCAGGUAGUUGUGCUACGUAACAUGAGCGCUGUCAGCUGGCGAGCUGAGCACUUUUGUGCCCUGUUGCCUGACAUCGUGUUGAUGUUGUUCGGCGAGGUGUUCGUCGACUGGCUGAAACACGCGUUCAUCACCAAGUUCAACGAGAUCCCGUUCGACAUCUACCGCGACUUCUCGAUCACGCUCGCAUGCGACGUGGUCACCAGCCGCCAGAAGAACGCCUUCUCUGACCACUUCGAUCAGGUGUCUCGGCGUAUGGGGUUCAUUCCGCUUCCUUUGAGUGUUUUAUACAUCCGCAUUUUGUGCCAGACCGUCAAGUGGACCAGCCGAUUGCGCUGUUUGAUUCUAGUGCUGUUGUUCGCCAAUUUGGUGCUGUUGAAAUUGCUGAACAGCAUCGUGCUUCUCGGGAAGGCCGUGCAAUGCGUCGAUGCGUAUCAGCAGGCGCAGGAGCAGGCGAAGAAGAAGCCGACGAAUCUGCUCAAGUGCAGAAGUCUGUCCACCGCAUCGCACUUGAAUUUGAUCGAGUUCUCGGACGUUUUGCAACAGACGCAUUCGGACGCGGUCCGUUUCGCUGCCUUCGACGGUCGUCUGUUUGUAAAGGAAUACUCCUUCAAUGCCACUUGCGAGCAGCGUGAUGUUAAGCCUACCGAUUUGCCCCCUUUGCUGUCGCAGAGGCGUGCCCAAAGCUUGAUGACGUUGCCAUGCGACAGCAACAGCGCCAAAGAGUUGAACGAACAGGUGAAAACUGAGGUUGAAAGUGGUUCCGAGGAGAAGCUCAGUCAGUCGGUGAUCAACGAGUACGAAUCCCUGAAGGACGUCGAUCGCUAUACUUUGUGCAAUAACGACCGCAUCGAAUCCUGA